AUGGGAUGGGCGCCAGGCCUGCGAACUCCAGGCACUGCGAAGCUGCGCGCGCUCAGUCGAUGGGUGCUCACCGUGCUCGUGGCCGCGAAUUCUGCAAGGCCGGGGGAGUCGGAGAUACGCUCGGGUGACUGGGCAGCCUGCGGCGAGUCCAGCGAGUGGUCGGCCUUCCGGCAAGACGCGCUGGCGGAACGUGCUGCAGACAAUGGGGAUGGUUUGGGCAGUGAGGUUAGUGACGCUCUGGCCCGAAAGGCCCGGGCCCUCCUUAAGCGCUGGCAGGUCCCGGCCACGCAGUGGCUGUCCAUGCUGGGAAGCUCCAGGCCCAUCGCAGACGAUGGAAGUGCGGUGGAGCAAGCGCAUUGCGGAGCAGCUGUGGACAUCAGCCGCGGUGUCCUUGCUAGGGACAUCAGUCGCGGAUUUCAUCCCUAUCAUCUCCUGACAUUGGACAAGGACAGCCCAGCCUGGUUCCAGGAGGACUUCCUCCGAUGGCGCCGGGACUUCUGCUACCUGGGAUACGUGGUCGCGCUCUAUGUGCGCGCGGCCUCGCGCCUGUCGCGCCUGGACCAGACCGGAGACGAGCGAAGCGAGGAGAACAUGAAGCUCUCGAGGAUUGAUCUGCAGACCGCGUCGUCCAUGUUGGGUCGCUGCCGCGAGAUGGACUUCCUGGAUCGCUCCACAUGGGGUGUCCAUUCCAUCGACAUCGAUCUCAACCUGCUGCGCGUGGGCGCGCCGCUUCCGCAGCCGGCCAGCGGCGAGGCGCCUCCCUUCCCGGCCCACUUUGGGCCGUGGCGGGGACUCGAGCUGGAUCUCCCUGAGGAGCACCGGAGCGCUCGGCAGAACCUCUGGCAGGCCUUGGCCAACGGCGCUCGGUUCCGGCGGGGUUUGGAGUCGCAGGUGGCGCGCAAGGUGGCCUCUGGGGAGCUCACCGGCUGGCAGGGCCCGCGCCCUUUCUGGCGAGGGCGCCCCAUUCACGCGGCCCUCUUUGCCGUGCCCGUUUGGUACGCAACGGAGUUCUUGGUGGGGCUCUUCAAGUGGCGCUUCCCGGCCUUGCCGCUCUCAGUUCUCUGCGCACCCCUCGGAGGAUACAACCUGCCAAGAUCUAACGAGCUGAGGGACCUCGUGGAGCCUCUGUUAACAGAACCUGCGGAACUGCGGCCCUUGCGUUUGAUCGAGGGCUAUUGCUGCGACUGGGAUCAGGUGGACUUUCUGGUGGUGCGACGAGCCUUGAGGCAACUGGCUCGCACGCUGGCAUCCUUCUCCCUCCUGGUUUGUGCUGGGCCCCUCUGGCUUUGCCUCCUUAUGCGCGAGGGAGCCCCCCAGGUACCCAUGCUGGCACACUGCCUCACGUUCCAGGAUCUGGACCUCCAAAUGCCGUUCGAAGAUCGGGUGGCAUGGGUGCAUCGGAAGGUCCUGGAGAACUUCGGUGGCCCACCAAGCUCAAGAAGCUCAAGCUCAAGCUCCGGUGGGGUUUCUGGGGUCCUGGUGCAGGAUGACAUGCAGCGCGUCUACUACCCCAUGGCUUUCGACUUCUCCCGACGGGGGAACUUCAGCCAUGCGGGCCAGCUGAGCUUCUUCCAGAUGCCUUACAUUCAGGCGCGCUACACGCAGCGGCGGCUCAGUGAGGUGGUUGUCGUGCGGGAAGGCACCACGAAACGCUGGACGCUGUCACUCCGCGGGCACCUUUGGUACCUGAAGCUCAAGCAGCUGUCCUCUGCAGCUGGCGCCUCCUCGGAGCGCUGCUGUCGGCUUCGGUUCUUGAAGGACGAGCCGAUGCGGAUACCGUACUCGGAGAUUGCCGAGCAUCGAGCUGCCAUCUUCUUCCCGGGCAUUGGUCAUGCCAAGCUGACGUUGCACGAGCUGCGGACGAUGGGGAUGCCCACCCUCUUCCCGGCAAAGAGCCUCAUGUACCGAGUGGAGGACCUGAUCCUGGACUCACGCCAGCCCUACAGUGGGAGCUAUGAUGGCUGUGGCUCACAGCCGGGUGCGACGGCAUCGGCAAUGCGCACCACAGCUCCCUGGGUCCUGUCGCUGUGCGGGUGGCGGCGCCACGCUUACUUCAUGGAGUGGUCCAGCUUCUACCGCUACCCCUACUUCCUGCCCUUCGAAAGCAUCCCGCACCUUCUGCAGCUCGUGGGUGCCAUGACUUCGCCGGAGCUCUGGGCCCUGAGCCUGAAGAUGCGGCGUUUGAACGCGCGGCUCCGGGCAGACGAGGUGAAGUUCUGGGGCGACCUGCUUCUGGCCCUGGCCUCCUUGGGCACGGAGCGUGAAAACUUCGGGAGCCGCGACGGCAGCUCCGGGAGCUUCGGGGUGCCUUCAAGGGAUCCCACGUGCUCCUUCGGUGUCAGGGAGCACCGAAACCGAACGGACCGAACGAACCGAACGGACCGAACGGACCUGCCGGCCGCGUGCUGCGCGAGCCACUGCGGGACCUGUGAUGACGAAAGGUGUGAGCAGCGAGGUGACCCUGGCGCGUGCUGUCCCUCGCUGCUGCAGAGAGCUUGUCAGGAACACCCUCCACCUUGCCAGAUGACGCUUGACACAUCAUCUCCGUGA